AUGACGGUCAACGAGAAAUGGAAGGUUUCGCUCAAAUUGAGUCGCCCGCGCACAACUUUGAUGCUACUCUUGUUUGUUAGUACCUUGACAGUGUUUCUUUUGCUUCUUGAUAAGGAGGAAAAUAAUUCCGAUGGAACUAAGAAUUUUCCGAGGAGUUUCGAUAUCGCUGCGCACACACCAGCCAGCUUCGACGCCAGUGCCGUCAAUUUUAUAAAAGCUAGAAUUGGAAAGUAUAAUAGUGACCAAGUUAUCUUGAAUGCGGAUUUAUAUGGAAGCCUGAAAGACGACGCUGUUGUGAUUGUUAUACAGAUGCACGACAGAAUAGAUUAUCUCCGACGGACAAUUGACAGUCUGUCAAAGGUUCGAUUCAUUUCCAACGCGUUGUUAGUUUUUUCCCACGACCACUACGAUGACGACAUCAACCUCACAGUGCAAGCGAUUAACUUUACGAGGGUACUUCAAAUAUUUUAUCCUCACUCAAUACAGACCCAUCCAAACGAAUUUCCGGGACAAUCUCCAUUGGACUGCCCGAAGGAUAUAAAGAUACCAAUGGCGUUACAGAUAGGUUGCGCAAAUGCGAAACACCCAGACCCCUACGGGCAUUACCGCGAUUACAAGCUCACCCAACUGAAACACCACUGGUGGUGGAAAAUCAACGUGGUCUUCAACCAUCUGGCGAUUAGUAAAACCCACGGCGGAAUGUUUCUGUUUAUUGAAGACGACCAUUACGUGGUGGAAGAUGCGAUUCACAUGCUAAAAAUCAUGGAAACAACGUCCGAGAGAGAGGAUAAACGCUGCGGAAUAUUUUCGCUGGGGGAGGCUUCCGAGAAACGGGGGUACAAACACGAAUCCCGUGCACGUGACGACUUGGAUAAGUAACUUGGGUUUGGCAUUGAACCGCAAAACUUGGAAUACCAUCCGGCAGUGUUCUACCGAGUUCUGUACGUAUGACGAUUACAAUUGGGAUUGGAGUUUACAGUACGUCAACCAGAGGUGCGUUAAAGAUAUGUUAAAUGUGAUGGUGUUGAAGGCAACGAGAAUAGUUCAUAUGGGCCAGUGCGGAGUUCAUCACAACAAGGGCAAUUGCGAUUCGUCAGAUGUGUUCGCUAAGAUUGUUAAGGAAUUAGAUGACGCUCGAGAGUAUUUGUACCCUGAAUCGCUAGAAAUCGUCUCUACUAGAAAAAUAAAGCGAUCCAUGAUCAAAAGUGGUGGCUGGUCUGAUCCCAGGGAUCACGCGUUAUGCGUUAACAUGACAGGUUUCUGAAAUCAUUUCCUAUAUGGAGUGUAUGGUGUUUCAAUCAUAUCAACGCGUGCCCUAAACGUCUAAGAAUUUUGAAAUAAUAGCUGGUAAAGUUUUCAGGGCCGAAGUUUCAUAGUUUUUUAAUUAUUGUUUAUUAUUUAUUAUUAUGAAAAGUGUAAUUGGAAGGAAUCUUCAUGCUAUUUAUUAUAAAAAUGAAAUACCGUAAGUUACUGUUGCGGAAGUGAAUCACCGGAGAGCUGUAAAUGCAAAUCUAGUUAGCAAGGAACAAAUUAGGUCGAAUAACUCUUCAUUAUUAUUGUCAACAAUACGGAUGGAUGCUAAUUGACACCUCCCUGCAUCUCAAAGGUUCGCAGGUUUAGAACAAACGUUCAUAUGAAGUAUUUUUCUUACAUUAUUUGCCAUGCAUAAGUCAACUUUAACCGACGCGAUGUUGCCGCUUCUUCGAAAAAGUAUCAUCAUCUUGAUCUUUGAUAAAAUAUUUUCAACUUCAACUAUGAAAGAAAAAUAAA